GUAUUAAACCAAAGUAAUUGGGGUGAUGUCCAAGGUAGCAGAAGCCACUGAUUUCCUGUCACCUGGUAUCUAUAAGCAAUCCUAGGUCUGGCCUAUCUCAUUCACCCCUGCGCACUUGAGAAAGUAGCAGUCAAGUGAACUCAGCAGCAAGCAUCAAAAUCAGCCCUUGAGCUCUAAGGUCUUGGAGACUCAGGAUUUUUGAGGGUGAAAUGACAACACCCAGAAAUUCAAUGAGUGGAGCUUUCCCAGCAGAUCCUAUGAAAGGCCCUAUUGCCAUGCAACCUGUUAAAACCAUUACCAGGAAGGUAUCUCCUGUGGUUGGCCCCACACAAAGCUUCUUCAUGAGGGAAUCCAAGGCUUUGGGGGCUGUCCAGAUUAUGAAUGGGCUCUUCCACAUUGCUCUUGGUGGUCUCAUGAUAAUCCACCUGGAGGUCUAUGUACCUUUCUGUGUAACUGUGUGGUACCCUCUCUGGGGAGGCAUUAUGUACAUCAUUUCUGGGUCACUCCUGGCAGCAGCCAAGACAAACUCCAGGAGAAGUUUGGUUCAAGGGAAAAUGAUAAUGAACUCAAUGAGCCUCUUUGCUGCCAUUUCUGGGAUAAUUAUUUUGAUCAUGGACAUAUUUAAUAUUACAGUUUCCCAUUUUUUUAAAAUGAAGAGUCUAAACUUUAUAAAAGCUUCUGUGCCAUAUAUUAACAUACACAACUGUGAACCAGCUAACCCUGCUGAGAAAAACUCUUUAUAUGUACAAUAUUGUUACAGAGUUCGAUCCGUGUUCUUGAGCCUUUACGCAGUGAUGCUGAUCUUUGCCUUCUUCCAGAAACUUGUGACAGCUGGCACUGUUGAGAAUGAAUGGAAAAAACUUUGCUCCAGACCCAAAGCUGACGUAGUUCUUCUCCUGUCAGCUGAAGAAAAAAAAGAAAAGGCAAUUGAAAUAAAAGAAGAUGUGGUGGAGUUGACUGAAAUAUCUGCCCAACCAAAAAAUGAAGAAGACAUUGAAAUUAUUCCAGUCCAAGAAGAAGAAGAAGAAGAAACAGAAGUAAACUUUCCAGAACCUCCCCAGGACCAGGAAUCCUCACCAAUAGAAGAUGAUAGUGUCCCUUAAACUUCAUUUUUAUUUUUGUUUUCUGUUUCCUUUUUCUAAGCAUUAGUGUUCAUAGCUUCCAAGAGAUAUUUCCCCCCAUUUCUCUGCAUGUAUCUCCACAUAUCUCUCUGGUCUUUACAUGGAGUGACCAUAGAGUGUGCAAUCCCCCCCACCUCUCUCUCUCUUUCUCUCUCUCUCUGUCUCUCU